CGGUUUGAGGAAGUGCAGGUAGAGACUCUACCAAACUUUGGCGGGGUCAUAGGUUGCUUUUUUUCGUUCAACAAAAGUAACGUUAAACACAAAACGAUUCUGCAGACCCUCCUGUUUGAAACAACAGGAAGGAAGACUGGAACCGGAAAAGCUGGAUGAAGUCUGUAAUUAACGUCCAGGGAGAGCGUCUUUAAGUCUGUAGUGGUCACACAACUAUCUUUUGUUUAUCUCAUAUAUAUUUUUAAAAUAUAUUCUUUAUUUCGUUUUUAUUAAUUUUGAAACCUCCAACAUUAAUGAGCACUGAUCUACGCGCGCUCUCAGAGAAAUCUCCUGUAAGUUAUUUGCGUGAGAGGUGGUGGAUCAGAAGAAAUGGAAAUGGGCGAUAAUGACGGAGAAGAGCAAGACACUUUUCGCGUGCAGAGCGAUGAAGAAGGUGAUAAUCGAGGAAAUAUCAAGAGCAGAGGUCGGAGGGUCGAGAAGUUUCAGAAGAAUGUUUCUAGAUGGAUGCUUCCCGAGGAGUUGCGGGAGACGUAUUUGGAGCGAGCGAACUGCUGUCCGCCACCAAUCUUCAUCAUCCUCGUCAGUUUAGUGGAGUUGGGAGUGUUUAUCUACUAUGCAGUAUGGAAGCCUCAAAAGCAGUGGGUAACUCUGGGAAUAGGGAUCUGGGAGAGUCCUCUUACCUAUAAGCCUGAACAGCGUGAGGAGGCUUGGCGGUUUCUAUCCUACAUGUUUGUACAUGCCGGUGUGGAGCAUAUCUUGGGAAACCUGAUAAUGCAGCUUUUUUUGGGCAUUCCUCUGGAGCUGGUGCAUAAGGGCUUUGAAGUUGGCAUGGUCUAUAUGGCUGGGGUCCUUGCAGGCUCUCUCGCCAGCUCCAUCUUUGAUCCUUACAGUGCUCUUGUGGGCGCUUCGGGUGGUGUUUAUGCCCUCAUGGGAGGUUAUUUUAUGAAUGCUGUGGUGAACUUCAGGGAGAUGAUGCCACUUCUGGGAGCGUUUCGCAUCUUAGUAAUUGUUCUGAUUGUUGGAACAGAUGUUGGAUUUGCCAUUUAUAGAAGGUUCAUUACCCACGAGGCUGGCAUGAAGGUCUCCUUUGUGGCCCAUAUUGCCGGUGGGGUAGCAGGCAUGACCAUUGGUUAUGUGUUUUUCACCAACUACAGUAAAGAGCUUCUGAAGGACCCACGCUUCUGGUUGUGCAUUGUGGGAUACAUCGCCUUCUUCUUUUUUGCUGUCAUUUUCAACAUCUUCUUGUCCCCAGCACCUGCAUGAGGAGGAUGUGUUUGUUGAAGUCAUGCAUCAGUUCACAAUGGACAAUCAUAGCUGUUUAAAAGGAGCUGGGGCCUGUUUCAUAAAACUAGUUUACCAAAUAAGCCAGGCUUACUUC